UUAAAGUUCAAAGCGACGCUGGAAAACAAUAACAAAGAGGUAAGCCUGGCUCUGACCAACCCACCCAACAACAGGAAGAAUGGCUGAAAAAGCAGAAUCUACAUCAUCACAACUUCUGGUUCCUGUUCUUCUCUUGAUUGGAUGGAUUGUGGGCUGCAUCAUAAUGGUUUAUGUUGUCUUCUUUUAGAAAGUAGCCUGUGGGGAGUCACAGGAUCACGUUCAUAUCGCUACAGCAUGGGCUCUGAACUCCAGCACCUGCGGGGUCCAGGUGAGAGAAGAGGGAAGCUGGUCGGGGAGAAACCACUGAUCUGGAAGCAAAUGCCCCGUCUGAAGCAGAAAGCUGCUACUCAUCUGGAGCAAGACUUUGGAUUGUGAAAAUUUAAGGCUACUCUGAUCUGAUCUUUCAAUUUUUUAGGAGACUCUGAAAACUUCUACUUUUAAAAUGUCAAAUAUAUGUAUUGGAAAUGC